AUUUUUUAUUUAAAUUUUUGUUUUUUUACAGAUCAUCGUCGUCAACAUGCGUAAUGUGGAUUAUAAAAUCAUGUUCAUUUCACUCUGCAUUUUCACACUCUGUGAAGGCCGCCCACUAAGGAAGAGGACGGUCAGUGAGGUCCAGCUAAUGCACAACCUCGGGGACCUCCGGCAGGUGAAGGAGCGUCGGGACUGGCUCCAGAUGAGGCUCCAGGGCGUCCACACGGCGCCGGCCUGGGGCAGCAGCGGGGAGGCUGGCCGGACGAGGCGGACACUGCGCACUGAGGACCUGCCAGACCUGAGCACCAUGACUCCAGAGGACAUCCAGAACGCUUUGGACUUAUUGGAGAAGCUCCUCAAAUCAAAGCAGUCCUGAUCCUGGCUUCCACAGUCAAUGUCAGCCAAUUUUUUUGAGAUUUCUUUGACUAGAC